AUGGCAGAUCUCAUCGACCCCGGCACCACCAAGUUGGUCAUCGUCGUCUCCCUCCUGUGGAUCAUCUCAUUCACUCUCUAUAACCUCUAUGAAAUCAACGACAUCAUCUUCUAUUCCAUCGCCAUCGGAACUGCAUUCGUUUUCGCCUCUGCGAGCUGCGUUUGCCUCGGGGGUCUUGCCGUCAUGGCCGUCUACUUUGCGGUCCUGGCUAACGCUGCGAUUCUUUGCAUUAUCGUCAUGCUCAUUCCGGUCGUUCAGUAUAUUAUCCAGUACAUUUCUUCGAUUUUUACACGUAUCAGAAAUGUCUGUGAUCGAAUUAUCGGCUUCUUCAAUGUGGUGGCGUUUUUCUUGGACAACGUUACUACUGCAGUGCAGUUAUUCCCGCCAUCGUUUGACAGAUUCAUUUAUGGACCUGAAGGUCUUGAGCCCCUCACUGACGACUGA